AGCCUCUCCUCUGCGUUGUGUAUGUUCAACAGGUAGAAUCAUGUUCCCUACUGCACUACCUCCCUUCUCCGAGUCAGGCUGUGUGAGCCCCUGUCAUUGCAGAUUUCAUCCACUUCAGACAUGUUUCGUGUGUGGAUCAAACUCUGUCUCCUCUUGCCAGGGGUAAGUAGCUUCAUGAUCCACAACACCCUCCACAGCAUGUGCUUGGAGGACUUCCCCAAGACGGGCCUGGUUCAGCUGAAUAAAUGCAACCUGGACUCAGUUCUCCAGCAGUGGAUCUGGAGGGACCAGAGUCUCCUGGAGUGUGUGGGGACAUCCAGGUGCCUGUCGGCCCACCCCUCUGACCCUGUCCAGACUGUACCCUGUGAGGGGGUAGAGGAUGGGGGGGACAGGGGUGAUGGGGGGCUGCGGUGGGGGUGUGAGUUGAACAGGCUGAUCAGUCAGAACAGUUCUCUGGAGCUCUCCACAGACGGGAAACGACUGACGCUGUCCCACAGGAGCAAGCAGACCAAGUGGAGGUCUCUGGAUGAAGGGGAUAUAUGCCAGGAGAGGCUCAGAUCCAAAAGGGCAUGGAGCGAUCCCGAUGAGUUUGAGGUGAAACCUGCGGAAGAGCAGAAAGCAGGGCCUCCUGGUAUGACCGAUGAACAGAAAGAAUUCCUCAGAUGGUUCUAUCGCACUGAGGACCCAACUCCCUGGAAGUUUGCGAUGCUGGCUCUGUCCUUCGCUGCCCUUCUGCUGGGCUGUCUGCUUCUGGGAAUGGGCUCCAUGGCGAACAAAAACAGGAAUAAGAUAGCCAAGUACAAGGCGGCGGCUCUGGCCAUGAAGCCGGAGGCGGAAGAACUACAGGUGAUCAUCACGGAAGUUGGAGGUCAAAGAACUAACUCAGAGGUCAAACCUGUCAACAGCGCCUCUGUCCAGGUCAGUAUGAGCCAAUCUGAGAUCCCAGUGAGCCAGGCCAAGCCCCUCCAGGACAACAGGGAGGUAGAGGGGCUCAAACCGGGGGACAUUGUGGUGACCUGGAAUGACGGGAACGUGUCCAGCCUGUACCCUGAGCCUGAGGGGGAAGUGGAGGUGUUGGCGGAGGUAGAGAAAGAGGAGGUGGUUGAGGUAGAGAAAGAGGAGGUGGUUGAGGUAGAGAAAGAAGAGGUGGCGGAGGUAGAGAAAGAGGAGGUGUUGAAGAAAGAGGAGGUGGUUGAGGUCGAGAAAGAAGAGGUGGUGGAGGAGGUAGAGAAAGAAGAGGCAGAAGAGGGAGUGGUGGUAGAGGGAUGAAGGAGAGAGAUAUAACAGCCACGUUCCUCAUUACUGCUCCUCUGCAGAGGCAGAACAGAAACUUCUAUUUACUUAGGCAUAACUGUCAUUUUAAGUUGUUUUAUUUUUACCUGUAACUUAAACAACCACUGUCUGUUUAAUUACUGUAAUGCCCUUUUUACACUACUGUGCUGAGCCAGACCGUACUGUGCUGAGCCGGACCGUACUGUGCUGAGCCGGACCGUACUGUGCUGAGCCGGACCGUACUGUGCUGAGCCGGACCGUACUGUGCUGAGCCAGACCGUACUGUGCUGAGCCAGACCGUACUGUGCUGAGCCAGACCGUACUGUGCUGAGCCAGACCGUACUGUGCUGAGCCAGACCGUACUGUGCUGACUCAGAUAUUGUAUUGGUGGAUGAAUAACCAUGCCAGCGCAGUACAGCUUGACUUGGCUCAGUAGUGUGAAAAGGGUAUACAACUACUACAAAUAAUGCUGUGUACAAGAUGUGCAGUAUCACAGUCAUCAUUCACAAGUACUUUGUUGGUUGCAGUUUCAGCAAUGCUUGGAAUAUACAUCUACUGUAAACAUUGCUGGCAGUCGAAACAUCGCAACCAACUAUUUUGGAUACCAAAUAGUUAGUAAAUGUUGUUUUUUGGUCAUGAAGAAGUGCAACGUGUUGUUUAUAGUGUAGUGAAGAGUUUUCCUAUGUCUCUUGACAGUAUAUAGGAACACUUAUAAACCAUGUGUCAUAAGCUGUUCAAGUGUAGUCUACUUGGGAAACACUAAAAGGCAACUAAACAUGGUCUGCGAUAACAUUAAGAUUGGAAGAUCAAACUUCUCUUUAUACAUCUCUUUUGUAAUUCUAUUUGUAAAGUAUUUUUAGUUAUAAUGCUGGCCACCAGGAAGAUUAGCUGACCUCAUGGAAUCAGUUAAUGGGGAUCCUAAUAUAAUCCAAACUGGAAUUAUCUUGCUGUGAGUAUAGUGGAAAGCUCUUGUGAGAGAGUAUUCACAUAUAGAUGUUUUGGACAGAAAACAGAAUUCAGUGGGUUAACUUUUGUCAUCAUAUCACCUCUCCAUAUGUAAGAUAGAUUUUCAUUGUGUUAUAAAAGCAUUCCACCAAUUGCAGUAUUUACAAUAAGGAAAUAAAACUGUUCAUAUCAAAAUAGUUAUGUUUUGUCAUUUUGGUUGGGAUGGCAUUAGCAUACAAUAGUAUAAAACUGUGUUUUAAGUUAUAAAAAAUGCAACCGUUGUUACACUGAUGAGCCUGAAGAGGGCGCCCACAUCUCGUGAAAACGACGUAUAUAUGAAGUUAAAGCCCCAAUGCAGUUGUUUUGAUAUCAAUAUCAAAUCAUUACUGGGUAGCAAUUAAGUACCUUACUGUAAUGGAUUUCCAUUCAAAUUGGCAAAAAAUGCUUUUUAGCAAAAACAUAUUUCUCAAGCAAGAAUUUAGCUCAGACUGUCUGGGAGUGGUCUGAGAUGGGAGGGGAAAGUGAAAACUAGCUGUUAUUGGCAGAGAUGUUUGGAACUGUCUUUGUUAUUUGUCUAUGAAUCCAAUUUAUAGCAUGGUGAUGUCACCAUGGAACGCCAAAACUCCCGGCCAUGCAAACCUGCUGAUUAGAAACCAGCACCUCUCAGGAAAUUACACUGAUCACAUUUUUUCACACUUUUACAGUGUUAGUUUCAUCAACUGUUGUACAAUAUAACAUAAAACACAGAAAAAAUGAAUUUUGACUGCACUGGGCCUUUUACUCAAAGAUUGACUUGCUACUUUGUGUUAUAACAUCAAAUAACUUAAAACAUGUAUCUACAUGAACAAAAUAUGUCUUCAUUCGAUCAAAUUAGUUUUCCUUUAAAGCUUAUUAAAAUGCAUAUAAAAAUA